AUCAAAAUGCACGGCCUUGUUGCGGCGAACACGGUGGUGGCUGCAUCGGCUUGUUCCGUGUGGGAUGUCUACGGCACUCUUCAAGUCCUCACAAUUAUAAAUACAUUUCUACCAAAUGUGCUUGGAACUGUUAAAAGUCCUUGAAGGUGAUGGACAUGUUGGCACACUUCUAAACGUUACAUUUCCCUCAGGAACUCCUGGAAUUGGUUAUAUGAAGGAAAUGAUUACAAAUCUUGAUAAUAAGAAGCGUGUGAAGGAAACAGAAACCAUUGAAGGAGGAUUUAUAGCAUUGGGCUUGAAGCGUUAUAUAACUCAAUACAAAAUUAUUGAGAAAAAUUAUACAUCAAGUAUUAUAAGAUCAACAAUAAAGUAUGAGCUUGAUGAUAAGUUAGCAAAUCUUACUUCUCUAAUAAACACCAAGCUAGUUGAGAUACUUGCAGAAACCGUUGGGAAGUAUCUAACUGAGAAGAUACCUCCUCCUUAUUAGAAUCUGCAAAAAGAGUUUGUUGUUGUCUUGUUGAUGUGGUAAUAUUAUCGGAUUGAUAAUGAUAUUAAAAUAAAAAAUAGAAGAUGAUAUAUCAUGUGUUCUUAAUUAAUCUAUAAUUCGUUAGAACUAAAGAAUAAAGAAUU